AGUUGCGUACCACAAACAGUCUUUUAGUCAGCUCUUAGUCAGACACAGACAUGAAGCUUCUGCUUAUGGCACUUCUAAUUGGUCUUGGGAUGGUUUUACUGGCAACAACAAUGCAAGGACAAGAAGUUAUUUUAGGAAAGGUCUGCCUGGAAACCAAACUAAGCAAAGCAAUGAAAUGUAACAGGCUUAAAAGCUACGUAGAGCAAACUACUCCAGUUGCAGCCAUCAUGUUUACUACCAAAAAAAAUAAAGUAAUCUGUGUCAAUCCUGAACAGUCUUGGGUGAAACAGGCUGUACAGUGUCUCAAAACUAAAAAGUCAAAAGGACCAAACCCAAAGAAAAAAAAAAGCAAAAAGAAGAAUCGAAAAGCAAAGAGCAAGAGCACUCCUUAAGAAAGACAUUCCUUCAAUUGUAUCAGAAUUGUUUUACUAAUUUGUCAUUCUCGAAUUAAAUACGCCCAGUAUUGCAAUAUA